AUGAAGCUGACGAAACUAGAAUCAAAUGGCUGGAGAGGUUUGGCUCCUCCAAGAAUAGGAACUAAAACAAAUAGACGCAAAGGGAAAUCUGCUAUCUUAACUGACACUCCCGUAAAAGAUGAACUAGCUGCAAUCGAAGCAGCUAGAACGGCUAAAGAAAAGGUGAAGAAACCUAACUUUGAAGAAACUAAAGCAAGAAAAAGAUCAAAACCAGGGAGUAAAACUAAAAAGGUUAAGGUUGUCAAGAAAAAGAGAGGAAACGAAGACAGUGAUGAAGAAGAAGAGGAAUCCUUCUGCAUUUGCUGUAUGGAGCCAUAUUCAAAUAGCAGAUCCAAAGAAAAGUGGGUUCAAUGUCUGGAAUGCCAAAACUGGGCUCAUGAAGCUUGUACUGGUAGAGAACUUUCUUACGUUUGCCACAACUGCUUGUCAGAUUAA